AUGGAGAACUCAAUCGACCAUGCCAGCACACAGGAUCAUAUUCUUUCUCAAUUGUCUCAGGGAGCAGAGCCAGCUACAGAAAUCACUACCUUGAACCUACGUUCGGACAGCCAUGUUGCUCCUACCACUUCCGAAUCGACAGACCGCAAUUUGAUGGAAUCUCCCAUGGGCAAUCCAACCUCUACUGCUCUACAAGACGUUGAUUUCGCAGAUCCCCAAUCUGUUUGGGCAGAACCCAGCGGGGGACACAUUCACAAAUCAGCUCCUUUAACUUCUUCGCCUGGAGUUCGAAGUCUACACAGUUCGGAGUCAGGUCGCAAUCGACAUUCAGAGCAAGGUCAACAACGAGAAUCACAGAGACGCAACUCUUCUGCGCUCCCCCAAACAAUCUCAAGGUCCCACAGAUCCCAUAAUAUCACAAACACCACCGAUGAUGAAAUCUCGGAAACCUCUGCUGAAGUUUCAUUCGCCUUUCCGGGUAUCUAUCAAGAGGUAAUGGAACAGUGGGCGAGGGAGAGACGAGAGAGACAAGACGGAACGACACGGGCUCCUCGAGUAAAAGAGCAGCCUGACUGCAUUGUUCUUCGGGAAGCAUCGUACAGCGACCCCCCUUCUUACCAUGAAGCAGUGGAAUCCUAUGGAUAUGGUGGGCAUAUUAUUGGCACAAACCACUCAGAGAUCUCGGAUAAUCAACACCUUGCAGCCCAUGACAUGCUGGAUACGGACGAGGAGCAGCCGCUGAUUAGAUCUACUUCAGCCGAUGCCGAGAUAUAUGAUGUUCACUUUGACGAGAAAUCCUCCCAUUCUGAGGUAUCAGUGGCAGAUGAAUCAAAAUCUGAGGUCGAACACCUGUCAGAUAUUGGCAUGCCCCCGCUAUCUCAACCCGACAUGCAACCCAAUCUCAGGGACUAUGGAACGUUUUCUUUUACUCGCCAAGCGGCGACCAUGCCUGUACGGACUUCCUUUGAAUAUUCAGAACGUGGCACCGUUGAAUAUCUAUGCAAUAAUCAUCAAAACCCGUUUUAUUCGCCCGACGACUCCACCUCUCCAGGGAUUAUCUCACCAGAGAUUCCAUCAACAGAAAGGACCUCAGUCACACCGAGAUCGACUAUAAUUUGGUCUCCGGUCGAAUCUGACAUUCUUUUCCCAAUUCCAGUGACCGAGCAAAACGAAUACUUCUUUGCGGAUGGCAAGACCAGCGGCCAAUACCCAGACCAAGGAAACCAGCCAGUCAAAAUGACACCGCAUAUCAGCGAUGAUGGCCAUAUGAACAACCAAAGCCCAUAUCCGAUUGUAGAUCAGAGGACUCAAGGUUUAAACAACUUGAUUUCUCCGGGCAUGCUUUCCCGGGAGAUACCUUCCAAUAGUAUUGAUCAGGCCGUGAUGAGUUUUGAGGACGAUUUUACAGACGAUGAGUUUUACCCAGGAGUGGGUGCGCCACAGGGACAGUUUCAGUGA